AUGGUAACCGCAUCAUCUCCUCAUUGUGUCCUCGUCAUCGGAGGAAUCUCGUCGGAAGCGGCGGCGGCUUCUCAUGAAACAACGACCACCGUUAAUCAUUCAUAUACAAAGCAGCAAACACCUUAUUUGAAAAUGAUGGAAACGACGACUCCGGCGGCAGAAUAUAAUCCUGAAAGAAUACCCGCCUCUGUUUUUUCAAAUAAACCAUCCAAUCAAACCGAUUGGAGUAUUGCUUCAAACGAAUCCUUGUUCAGUAUUGGUAUGGGACCUUCUAAUAGUACUAAAGAUAUAACUCUAAAUGAGAUCAAGCCGGAAGAAGUUGCCAUUUCUGAAGAUUCCAGCAAUUCAUUUUUCAGCCUUCCCGCGUUACCUGAUGAUCAUCAUAAUGAGGAUAUGAUCUCUUCAUCAUCAUCUUCUUCGUCUAGCCGGUCAAGCUCCGCUGAUGAAUAUGAAGAUGAAGAAGUGGGUUCUGAAUCAGGGGAAAUGGUGAAACCUGAAUUAAAGAAAAUAAUUGUAGAGAAAACGACGACAGAAAAAGAAAGGGUUCGCAGUUCUAGCGUUUCCGACGAUGAUGAUGAUAAUGAUAAAGAAACGCGGCGUUCUGAUACGGCCCGCAGUUCCAACACUCAGCUAUCCGAGUCUAGUUGGAACAGCAAGACAUCUUUCGCCUUCCCCAUAUUGACGGCCAAUAAGCAAGGACGGCAAGAAUCGAAAAACCUGACCAUUCAAAUCCCACCGGCACUGAUAACAGCCCACAAAGAACCACAACCAGCAGCGCCGCCACAAACCGAUGUCAUAGCGGCGGACAAGACUAGAUCUUGGUUCUGUUGUUCCUCUUUUAAAUUACCCAUCUUUUGUUGUUGUUAA